AAUUCAUGCAAUAUCUCCACAUACACAUAUCCUUUAUAUUUUCGAGCAACAGAGAUACUUUUAGGAGAACCCUUAAAAAAGAAAAAAAAACUUGAUCCUGCAGUAAUUAAAGCUAAAGAAGAAAGAAAGAAAAGGAAGCUACAAAAAAGAAUUCGCAUGUUAGAAAAACAUACAAAUCAUAUGAAACCAAUUUUUGAAAUCGAUACAUUGGCCGAACAAUUGCAAAAUGACAAAAGACCUUGUCAUUUGACAUCAUUAUCAGAGGAAGAAAUAGAAAGGAGAAGAUUAUUAGAAAGAGAAUGGAUUAAAUAUAAGCAAGAUCAAUGGUUAAAAGAUUUACAUGUUAUAAAAUCUAUGCUGACCUCACAGAAAACAGCGUUGGAAGAAUUAAAAGCUGUCUCAAAACAGCUUUAUAAAAAAGCAGUCGAAUUUGAUGAUUUAUAUUUACCGUACGAUGUAAUUGGACCAGUACAUACUCCACCAAUAAAAAAUUACGAUAGUCCCGAUGGUGAAUAUAUAGAAACUACCAUUAAAUAUGUAGGAGAAUAAGUAUGUACAAAGCAAUGGAACGGAUCAAUAAAAGAAUUAAUUUAAAUAAAGGAUCAUAGGAGUGAAAAAAAGA